AUGAGUCGCCCAACGCCUCGCAAGGCGCGUCACCGCCACAACCCCAGCGGAAGCGGGCCCCGGAUCGCCGCUGCUUCGGACUACGAGUCGGAUGCAGCCCAAUACUACUUGGAGGAGCGAGGGAUGGAGUCCUUCCCCCAGAUCCCCGAGCGAACGAAUACCGAGCUGAACCUCACCGUCUUGCAACGCUAUCUCUCCGAUAUCCAGAGCAUCAUGUCCAUCGCAGCGAACGCUGUGGUCUACACUUUCAGCCCUGAGACGCAGAACUGGGACAAGUCCGGAGUGGAGGGGACCCUGUUCGUCUGCGAACGAGAAGCCGUUAUGAGCGGCAACAAAGCGAUACCUAGAGCAUGCGUUUUUGUGCUCAACCGGAAGGGACUGGACAAUGUCAUUGUGGACUUGGCGAAUGUCAGCGACUGCGAGUUCGCAGCAGAGCUGUUGAUACUGCGGCUGAGGGAAGAGGACGGGUCACAGGGCGGCCAGGGAGCUCCUCGCGUGCUGGGCAUCUGGAUCCAUGCCGACAAGGACGACACUCAAGAGGUGAACACGGCCAUCAUUCAGGAGUACUUCCGCCAGAUUCAGCUGGCCCUGGGAGAAGCCUCGUCCGAGGGUGUGCAUGAUCUCCAGAGCUCGACAGCCAGCUUGCGGCCGCAACAGGAGGAGUUCCUUGGCCCGGCUAUGCAGGCCAUGGGACGACGGGUGAGCUUGAGCGAUCUUUUCGGCCAGCGCGCAGGGGAAGUCAGCGAGGGCGGUGCCUGA